AUGGAGGGGAUCACCAUCUUCUAUUGCCUCAUCCUCUCCCUCCCUCUCAUCUUUAUGCUCAGCCAUCAUGGGCGCAAGAAAGGGGCAAUGAAGCUCCCACCUGGUCCGCCCACUCUGCUCUUCGUAGCCAAGUUCUUGGUGCUCGGGCGGUCAGUCUUUCAAAUUGGCCCGAUACUUCGCGGGUUGCAUGCGCGCCAUGGUCCCAUCAUCUCCAUUUGGCUGGUGCGCACCUUCGUUUUCGUGGCCGACCGCCGCCUCGCGCAUAGCAUCCUCAUCAAGAGCAACGGCAACUUCGACGACCGCCCGCCCUCCACCGAGAUGAUGCACCUGUUUUUUCCCCACACUAUCAGCACCUCGCCCUAUGGGGCCUACUGGCGUCUUGUCCGCCGCAACCUGCACGCGCAGGCACUGCACCCGUCCCGCCUCAGGCUCUUCGCGCCGGCGAGGCAACGCGCGUGCGACGCGAUCCUUGGGUCACUGCGCGACGAUGCAUCGCGGGUCAUUGCGGUGAGGCCAUUGUUGGGGCGCUGUCUUUUUGAGGUGCUUGUGUGCAUGAGCCUUGGCGCCAGGCUUGGGCAGGAGGUGCUCGACGAGCUGCAGGAGAUGCACCAGCAGAUUUUCCAUGCCAUCACCAGCUUCCCCGUCUUCUCCAUCUUCCCGGCGCUCACUAAAAGGCUGCUGCGGAAGCGGUGGGCGACGCACGUCGCGCUGAACGAGAGGCGGAACGAAGUGCUCCUGCCGCUGAUCCGCGCGCCUCGCGGCGGCGAGAACCCCUCGUGCUACGCCGACUCACUCCUCGAGCUGCGCGUCGCCGAGGAAGGCAGCCGCCCCCUCACGGACGCCGAGAUGGUCACCCUCUGCUCCGAGUUCAUGACUGCCGCCGUGGACACCACCAUGAGCUUGAUAGAGUGGAUCAUGGCGGAGCUCGUGAACCACCCCGACGUUCAAGCCAAGGUGUAUCAGGAGGUGAGGGAGAAGCCUGAGCUCAAUGAGGACGACCUGUGCGGGAUGCCAUACCUCAAGGCCGUCGUGUUGGAGGGCACGCGGCUGCACCCUGGGGCCCACUUAAUCAUCCCGCACGGCGUGAAGAACGACGCGGAGAUAGGUGGAUACAUGGUGCCCAAGGGUUCUGAGGUCAACUUCUUGGUCGCCGACUUCGGGCUCGAUGAGACCGUGUGGACGGCGGCGCGGGAGUUCCGGCCGGAGCGGUUCUUGGACGGCGAUGACCUGGACAUCACCGGAAGCAGGGAGAUCAAGAUGGCGCCUUUUGGCGCUGGCCGCAGGAUGUGUCCAGGGUACACGCUCGCCAUAAUGCAUGCGGAGUACUUCGUGGGCAGCCUCGUGAGGGAGUUCGAGUGGCUGCCACCAUUACCAGCAGAAGCAACUGUCGACAUGACCGAGGACCUAGCCAGCAUCAUCGCCAUGAAGCACCCGCUCCGUGCUCGCAUCAUCCCAAGGGCUUAGUAAUACCCGAUGACACAGGAAGCCACCCUCCAGUCGCCUGCGACCGCAUCCCAUCAG